AUUCACGUGUCGAGUCUUUAUCCAGAGGGAUUCAGCGUCGUUAAAUUCGCCAUCUGAUUUAACCUCAUUUGGCAAAAAUUCCACCCGAUUUAACAUCAAUCUCGCACUAACACAACUGCACAUGUAUUAGUCAAUUGGCGGAAUCAAUGCAUGCAAGCGUUUAGAACUUUAUAACAUUAGAGUGUAUUUUAAAGAUGCUGGAAUGAUUUCAUCAGCGAAGUGUAUCGAUAACUGUGAUUGUCAAAUAGUUGUUUCCAACACGCAGCGGAAAUGUUUUAUUUGUUUCACCUUGUCCACCUUGGUUGCAGCAGCGAUUGAUGGUCCGGUUUCCCCUGUUCCCGAAGUGAAUGAGUUCCGUGGUUGCGGUUUAGUGAAUAUGGCGGCGUCAAUUGGACCAGAAAAACUUGGAUUGAGAGGAAACAAACCAUUUACUGUUUUCAUCGAGGGAAAUAUUGGCAGUGGAAAGACUACAUUCCUGAACCAUUUUAAAAAAUUUAAGGACAGUGUUUCGUUAUUAACGGAACCGGUGGAACAAUGGCGGGAUUGCGGAGGCGUUAAUCUGCUUGACCUGAUGUACAAGGAACCACAACGAUGGGCGAUGCCCUUCCAGACUUACGUGACAUUGACCAUGCUCAACAUGCAUACCCACCAAACGGUUAAAAGUAUUAAACUUAUGGAGCGGUCCAUGUUCAGUGCAAGAUACUGUUUUGUGGAGAACAUGCUAGCAACUGGAAUGCUACAUCAGGGUAUGUACAAUAUCCUGCAAGAAUGGUAUGAGUUCAUCCACACAAACAUUCAUAUUCAGGCUGAUUUAAUAGUGUAUUUGAGAACGAGCCCGAAAAUAGUUUACGAACGGAUGAAAAAACGCGCUCGAUCAGAGGAGAGUUGUGUGCCUUUAAAGUAUCUACAAGAAUUACACGAUUUACAUGAAAAUUGGCUAAUUCACGGUACAUUUCCUAGAGCAGCUCCUGUUCUUGUACUUGAUGCUGAUUUAGAUUUAAAUGAUAUAAGUUCUGAGUACGAGCGAUCAGAAACCAGUAUUCUAAAACCAAUUCUAAUAGAAAAUACAAAUCAACAUCCAAUUUUAACAUCACCUGGUAAAAGAACUACGACUGAGUUAUAGUGUUAUUUAAUUGUGUAACUGAAAAGGGAGAACAAAAAAAAACUAAACACCUGCCCAAUUACUAAACAUGCAUGCCGUUCUCUACAAAAAAAAUAAUACUAGAGUUGCGAAACUGGCACCAAUUGAUUUAUUUUUUUAUGUUGUCAUCUCUUAGUAUUGUUUAUACUUUGAUUGACUUCACACAAAAUUGCUUAUAAUUAUACAUGUACCUAUCUAAGAACGAGUCCAAAAAUAGUUUACCAACGGAUGAAAAAAACACGCUCGAUCGUAGGAGAGUUGUCUAUCUUUAAAGUGUCUAGAAGAAUUAUGCGAUUUACAUGAAAAUUGGUUAAUUGGGUCAUUAAGUCAUAUGCUGUUCUUGAUUUUUUCCGAUGUGGCUGACGUUAAAGAUUCGUAAUCGUACUUUUUUCACUUCGUCGUGCGCAAAAUAACAGAAAUUAUUUUAUAAAAUUUAAUUAUCACGACCACUUCAUUUAAUUACCCAAUUCUCGGCAUUUCUCCUAGUGCACUGCCCAUACUCGCAAUUCAGUCUCAUGUUCUAUGGGAUUCCCUGUCUACAGGGGGCUGACUUCCGAUUAUAAGCAGAACGGGUUCUGUAAGUAGUCGACGUAAUGUAGGUUUUAAAAUUUUUAACCAAGAUUUUCCACAGGUACUUGCACUCGAUGCUGACUUAGAUUUAAAUAAUAUAAGUUCGAGGUACGAGUGUUCGGAAACAAGUAAUCUAAAGCUAGUUGUAAUAGAAAAUACAAAUAAACAUCCAAUUAUGACAUCAUCUGGUGAAAUAACUAGUACUGAGUUGUAGUGUUUUGCAAAUUAUGUAACUAGAGAAAGGAGAGCAAGCCACUUUUGCAUCACAAAAACAGUAAACAGAGUGUCUGUCUAAUUACUAAGCAUGCGUGCUAUACUUUUAAUUAAAGUUAUUUGAUUCUAGAAUUUCGAAAGGAGAAACUGUCACCAAUGCUUUUUUUAUUUUGGCAUAUUAUUAUUGCUUAUACUUUGAUUGACUUCUCAAAAGAAUCAAUAUAAUUAUAAAUAAACGAAAACAAUACUCGAUAGGUACUAUUGAAAAUUUACAGGUAGGUUGUGGCUCAAGGGUCUGCCUUAAAGGGUAGAAGAGCGUAUCCGCAUAAGAAUACGAAGAGCAGGGCCGGCGGAAUGCUUUUUUCCCGAGUGAGUAGUAGGAUUCGGGUAAUUUUGACUCGUAUUGAUGAAAGUUUAGACAUAGCGUGUGUAAGUGAAAAUGAAAACUCCCUGAUAAUAGUUUGUAUUCAUUUGGAAGCACCUUUUGCUAUCGGACUGUAUGACCGACGACUUAGCAAAAAUGUAUUUAUUGAUUACUGAUACUACAUAGAACAUUUGUACAGCAGGCUGUCCCAAAAAAAAUUGAUGUUCGAAAAGUCAUGGUGCUCAACCUAGGGGCAGAUCACUCUAAGAAUGUAUAACAAAUUUGCAUCAAAUUAGAAAAAAAUGCAUUUAAUUUCCAUUUUUGCAUCAGCUUGGCACUCCCUCGCAGAAAAGUUUGUUUAACAAACGUCCUACGCUGGUCCACUUUGUUCGACGUUUUGUUAAAUGUAGGGCUAGUUUUUCUGUAGGGUUUUGACGUCUUACACGCAACGCAAACCACAAUGCAGGCAACGCAAAAACAUUGCACGCA